GCACGCGAUGGACGGAUGGAGCUCCUGGUGUCUCCCAGCCCUGGCAAAGGGCUCCGGCUUCCCAAAACUCCACAGGGAGCUGGUUUGGGAUCAGUGCCCAGUGCCUCAUCCCGAUCCCCUGCCUCCCCAUCCCUGCCCGCUGCUCCCGGUCCCGGCAGGUGCCGCUGUGCUCCCGGUGCUGGAGCGGGGGGGCGGGGGCGGGGGCCGGACCGGAGCGGAGCGGCGGGCGGCGGCACCGGCGGCUGCAUCCCUCCCGCCGCGCCUUCCCGGGCCGCCGGCACCAUGGGCUGCUGCUGCCGCCUCCUCCUCGCCCUCCUCCUCCUCCCGGCAGGACUGGAUGAUGUCUCCACAGCAUUGCCCCUCACCUCUGCCAGCCCUACUGUCCCCUCGGAGGGCAUUCCAGCAGGGCCAGGCUCCAGGGAUGCAGCUGUUCCCGUGCCAGCUCCUGGCCAGCCCUCACUGCCUGUGUCCACAGGACCUGCUGGAGAUGGGACAUCCUUGGGGCCAGCGGAGGGAGGUGACCACAAUGUCACCCCCACAGCAGCAUUGUCCCCUGCUCCUGCCUCCGUCGCCGUGAGUUCCACCACUGUAGCCACCAUCACCAUAGCAGACAGCCCAUCUGUAGCCUCCAACCACAGCUUGGUGCCACCAACCUUGGAGACAGCCCCAGGUCUUCGGACAGCAAAUACUGCCAGCUUGGCAAGAGGCAUGAUGGAUUUGGGGGCAGCUCCCAGCCCCACGGAUACACCUGCAUCCUCAUCCUUCCUCCCCACCAGCAACAUGCACUCAUCCGCUGGGACCAUCUUGUUCCCAACACCUGUCCUCGUGAGCCCUGGCACCACCCAGCCACCGACGCUGACCAAGGACAUCCCUUCCCUGGAGACGCUGGCCGUGGCAUCGAGCCUGGCUGUGGAGCCAACGUCCCCUCCAGUGACUGUGACAAGCCCCACUGCAGCCGAGGCCAUGGCCACCAGCAAAACCACCCUCUCUACCGGAGUCACCAUGGAAGAGGUGCCACGCGCCUUGAGUGCAGGCAGCAUCGUGGCCAUAACUGUGACAGUCAUUGUGGUGGUGGUGCUGGUUUUCGGGGCAGCGGCAUACCUCAAGAUCAGGCACUCCUCCUACGGCAGGCUUUUGGAUGAUCACGACUACGGCUCCUGGGGCAACUACAACAACCCUCUCUAUGAUGAUUCCUAGCAGGGACGAGGCAAAACCCCCUCAAUAAAUCCAUAAUUUAUAA